GUAGUUUUGUCUUUGUCGUCGCUCCAUAGUAAAGGAAGGAAAGAGUUUUGCCUUCAGAGCUUCUCAUACUCUCUUCGUUUGGUGUUGAUGUAAGAUCCCUAAGUCCGUAUCGCCGGUGCCUUAAUCCACGAAUUCAAGAUGGUUAGGGUGGACAAAUCAACAUGGAAGGCUAAUUACUUCACCAAGAUUACCAAGCUCUUUGAUGACUACAACCGUUGUUUCAUCGUUGGUGCUGACAAUGUGGGGUCCAAGCAAAUGCAGGAGAUCCGCAUGGCUCUGCGUGGCUGUGCCGUCGUGCUCAUGGGCAAGAACACUAUGAUGCGCAAGGCCAUCCGUGGUCAUCUGGAAAACAUCCCUGCCCUAGAGAAGCUGCUUCCUCAUAUUGUGAACAAUGUGGGAUUUGUGUUCACUAAUGAAGACCUUGUUGAGGUGCGUGACAAGCUGUUGGCCAACAAGAAGAAGGCCCCUGCUCGUGCUGGAGCCCUUGCUCCUUGCCAAGUGACGCUCCCAGCCCAGAACACUGGACUUGGUCCUGAGAAGACUAGUUUCUUCCAGGCUCUGCAGAUCCCCACCAAGAUUUCCAGGGGUACCAUUGAAAUUGUCAAUGAUAUUCAGCUGAUGAGGGAAGGAGACAAGGUGGGUGCCAGCGAGGCCACACUUCUUAACAUGCUGAACGUGUCUCCCUUCACCUACGGUCUGGUGGUGGAGCAAGUGUAUGAUGAAGGCACUGUCUUUUCACCAAAGGUGCUUGACAUCACUGACGAAGAUCUUACCCAGACAUUCCAGGAGGCUCUGGGCAGGGUGGCUGCUCUAUCACUUUCCAUCGGCUUCCCCACAAUUGUGUCUGUGCCUCACUCUGUUGUGAAUGCAUUCAGGAGGCUGCUGGCAAUUGCUGCAGUUACUGACAUCACCUUCAAAGAAGCAGAUACGCUUAAGCAGUACUUAGCAGACCCAAGCAAGUUUGCUGCUGCUGCUGCUGCGGCUGCUCCUGCUGCUCCUGUUGCAGAGGCCCCCAAAGAAGCGCCUAAGGUGGAGGAGGAGGAAGAAGAGUCUGAUGAGGACUACGGUAUGGGUCUCUUUGACUAGACGCCAUUGAUGGAGUUGGUCAAGAAUAAAUUCAAGAAAUAAA